CCAAUGACAGUGGAUUCAAAGACUGCUCCUCAAACUCAGGAUGCUUCCUUAUAUAAAAGGCCAAAAGUUUACAUUAUUGGUGUUGGAAUGACAGCGUUCACAAAACCGCUUACAUCUGGCAAGGAUUAUCCAGAAUUGGUUAAAGAAGCAGUUGGCGAAGCUUUGAAUGAUGCUGGUGUAAGAUAUGAACAAAUUCAACAAGCAACCGCUUCCUAUAUGUAUGGAGGAUCUUGUUGUGGUCAAAGAGCAUUAUACGAAAUUGGACUGACAGGAAUACCUAUAUUUAAUUUAAAUAAUGCCUGUGCUAGUGGUUCCAGUGGAAUAUUUCUUUGUAAACAAAUUAUAGAAAGUGGAAAUGUUGAUUUAAUGCUUGCUGUUGGGUUUGAAAAGAUGCAACCAGGAAGUUUAGAAAAUUCUCCAGAACAUUUAGACGACCGUGCUUUACCCGUAGAAAAACAUAUUCAAUUAAUGGCCGACACCUAUGGAUUACAAGCGGCCCCAAUAACUUCACAAAUGUUUGGAAAUGCUGGACGGGAACAUAUGGAAAAAUAUGGUACAACAAGAGAACAUUUUGCUAAGAUUGCGUGGAAGAAUCAUUUACAUUCUGUCCAUAAUAACAAAUCACAGUUUCAACGUGAAUUCUCUUUGGAUGAAGUUGUUAAUGCUAGAAAGAUUUAUGAUUAUAUGGGUCUAUUCGAAUGUUCUCCAACCAGUGAUGGUGCUGCUGCUGUCAUAAUUUGUAGUGAAAAAUAUAUUGAACAAAAUCCUCAUUUAAAGCCUCAAGCAGUUGAAAUUGUUGGAAUUGAAUUAGGAACAGAUGAACCUUCCGUGUUUGCUGAGAAUAGCAAUAUAAAAAUGGUUGGAUUUGAUCUUAUUAAAAAAAUAUCUGAACGUUUGUAUUCAAAAACUGGUGUUGAUCCCUCACAAAUUCAGGUUAUUGAACUACACGAUUGUUUUGCUCCAAAUGAAUUGAUAACUUAUGAGGCUUUGGGUCUUUGUCCUAUAGGAAAAGCAGGCGAAAUAGUUGACAAAGGAGACAAUACUUAUGGUGGAAAGUGGGUAAUUAAUCCGAGUGGAGGUUUAAUUAGUAAAGGACAUCCAAUCGGAGCUACAGGUAUUGCCCAAGCAGUAGAAUUAUGUAAUCAAUUACGCAAAAGAUGUGGAGCUCGUCAAGUAACUAAUGCAGUUUAUGCACUUCAACAUAAUAUUGGGUCAAGAAUCGUCUUUCGCCCCGAUCGCCAACCCUCACCCGAAAAUGGAAUUGGAGGCGCUGGGGUAGUUGCUAUUUAUAAACUUGGUUUUCCUGAAUUAGCUAAUAAAAAGAAGGAAGAAAAUGGAGAAAUGUCUAGUGAAUUUAAAAGUGAUGCUAUUUUUGAAGAAAUUAAGGAAAGAGCGGAACAGGAAAUUGAUCUGGUUAAACAAGUUGGGUCUUGUUUUAAAUUUGUUAUUUCAUCUCCAAAUUCAUCUAAAAAACGUGAAUGGAUUGUUGACUUAAAAUGUUCCCCUCCAUAUGUUGGCCUUUCUGAUAACAAGGAAAAUACAAAACCAGAAGUUACCUUAACAUUGGAUGAUCAAAUUUUAAUGAAUAUUGCUAAAGGAAAAAUAAAAGCAGACCAAGCAUUUUUACAACGAAAAUUAAAAAUUAGUGGAGAUUUUAAAAAGGCAAUGAAAUUGAAGGAUAUAUUGGAUCCUAAAAAAUUAAAAUCUAGAAUUUAG